AUGGGAGGAAUUCUUUCUUUUAUCGUUGGCGCCGGCGGCGAUGCCCCGUCGUACUCGGAGGAGCCUUCUUGCGUGGAGGUGUUCCACUCGUCGGCUCGUUGGCAGCUCCACUUCAACGAGCUCAAAAACACCACUAAGCUCAUUGUGAUAGAUUUCUCGGCGUCGUGGUGCGGUCCUUGCAAAACCAUAGAGCCAGUGAUUCACGCCAUGGCCAAAAAGUACACCGCGGUUGACUUCGUCAAGAUCGAUGUUGACGAAUUAUCGGAUGUGGCACAGGAAUUUCAGGUGCAGGCGAUGCCGACGUUCGUGUUGGUGAAGGAAGGCAAGGAAAUUGACAGGAUUGUUGGCGCCAAGAAGGACGAGCUCGAGAAGAAGGUUCAGAAGCAUUCAUGA